UCCUAACCCUUCGACCGAAUUCAAUUUCAUAAAAAAAAUAUCAAUUUACUCGUGUUUCGGAAAAGAAUUAACAAGGAAACCGCGUGAACAUUAUCACAAGUGAAACAUUUAGAGAGAUAUUGUUAUCAACGGCUGACUUAAAAAUACGAAAUUGCUUUGAAUUACCGAUUUAAACAUGUACAGUUCGUCUCAAUCGCAAUUGACAUUUAAGGAUGAGAUCGAUUUAAUAUCACAGCCAAAUGACUUCUCUCAGUUAAAUUUUAAUGAUUUCACACUACCAAGUCAGACACAAGCUUCCCAAUCGGAUCACUUUGGCAGUCAGCUCAAUGGGUUCGAAAAGUUAGAAUCGCAAACAAUUCUUAGCAGUAAAAUCAGCGGCAUUACUUCUGGCAUCAAUGAUUUGCAAUUUGCCGAAGAGGAAGAUGACGAUUUGUUAUCUUCAAAGGAGCUAGCAGCUCACUGUUGUCGAUAUUGUGGCAUCAGUGAUGCAUCGACCGUUGUUAUGUGCAACAUUUGCAAGAAAUGGUUUUGCAACUCACGAGGUGGAACUUCCGGGUCGCACAUUGUUCAUCAUUUAGUUCGUGCAAAGCACCGUGAGGUUACAUUGCAUGGCGAUGGUCCUCUCGGUGAAACUGUUUUGGAAUGUUAUAGCUGCGGUAUUCGAAAUGUUUUUUUAUUGGGAUUUAUCCCAGCAAAAGCUGAUUCGGUUGUCGUCUUACUUUGCCGUCAACCAUGUGCAGCACAAAAUUCAUUGAAGGACAUGAAUUGGGAUCAAGAACAAUGGAAACCUUUAAUAUCUGAUCGUUGCUUCUUACCGUGGCUGGUGAAGAUUCCCACAGAGCAAGAGCAACUGAGAGCUCGACAAAUAAACGCUGCAACAAUCAACAAGCUGGAAGAAUUGUGGAAGGAAAAUGUUGAAGCUUCGAUAUCUGAUUUAGAGAAGCCAGGAAUCGACAAAGAACCUUCACAAGUUCAACUUCGUUAUGAUGACGGUUACCAGUACCAGAAUAUCUUCGGGCCUUUAGUGAAACUUGAAGCUGAUUAUGAUAAGCGAUUGAAAGAGUCGCAAAGACAAGAAAACAUCGAAGUCCGAUGGGACACCGGCUUAAAUAAGAAAACUAUCGCUUAUUUCACUCUGGCGAAAAUUGAUUCUGACAUGAAAUUGAUGCACGGUGAUGAGAUGCGAUUGCGUUAUGUUGGAGAACUUCAUGAGCCAUGGGCUUCUGUUGGUCAUGUCAUUAAAGUUCCAGAUAACUUUGGUGAAGAUGUCGGCUUAGAACUCAAACACAGUUCGAAUCCUCCAACCAAAUGUUCAUCAAACUUCUUUGUUGAAUUCAUCUGGAAAGGCACGAGCUUCGAUCGAAUGCAACAAGCUUUAAGGAAAUUUGCUGUUGAUGAAAAUUCCAUGUCGAACUUCAUUUAUUCGCGAUUGUUGGGACAUUCAAGAGCUGACGAUGUCACUUUUCGAAUCAGCAAUCCACCGAAACAUUUUUCAGCUCCAAAUCUUCCUGAUUUGAAUCGAUCACAAAUUUACGCAGUGAAACAUGCGAUUCAACGUCCCUUGAGCUUGAUUCAGGGACCGCCAGGAACUGGAAAAACUGUGACAAGUGCAACGAUUGUCUAUCAAUUAGUUCGCCUAAACGGUGGCCCUGUGCUGGUUUGUGCACCAUCAAACACAGCUGUGGAUCAAUUGACAGAAAAAAUUCACAAAACAAAUUUAAAAGUUAUUCGAGUUUGUGCAAAAUCUCGUGAAGCAAUCGAUUCGCCGGUCAGCUUUCUAGCCUUGCACAAUCAAAUACGAAACAUGGACAUGUCAAGUGAAUUAAAGAAACUUCAACAACUUAAAGAUGAAACUGGUGAAUUGUCAUCGGGUGAUGAGAAGCGUUAUCGAAUGUUGAAGAAACAAGCGGAAAAAGAGUUGCUGGAUGCUGCUGAUGUUAUUUGUUGUACUUGUGUCGGCGCUGGUGAUCUUCGAUUGUUACGAAUUAAAUUCAAUUCAAUUUUAAUUGAUGAAUCGAUGCAAAGUUCGGAGCCUGAAGCGAUCAUUCCGGUUGUUCGUGGAGCACGUCAACUCAUUCUUGUUGGUGAUCAUUGUCAGCUUGGUCCAGUUGUGAUGUGCAAGAAAGCAGCUAAAGCCGGUUUAUCGCAGUCACUUUUCGAGCGUCUUGUUGUGCUCGGCAUCAGACCAUUUCGCCUUGAAGUUCAAUAUCGAAUGCAUCCAGAAUUGUCACAGUUUCCAUCGAACUUCUUCUACGAAGGUUCAUUGCAAAAUGGCGUUUGUGCUGAAGAAAGAAAAUUGAAAAUUGACUUUCCAUGGCCAUCUCCUGAAUGUCCAAUGUUCUUCUUAGUCACACAGGGAAGCGAAGAAAUCGCUGGAAGUGGAACUUCAUAUUUGAAUCGAACCGAAGCAGCGAAUGUCGAGAAGAUUGCAACACGUUUCCUUAAAUCUGGCUUACGACCGGAACAAAUUGGAGUCAUUACACCUUAUGAAGGUCAACGAGCUUAUCUCGUUCAAUACAUGCAAUAUCAGGGAAGUUUACACAACAAAUUGUACCAGGAAAUUGAAAUUGCUUCAGUUGACGCCUUCCAAGGUCGUGAGAAAGACAUCAUCAUCAUGUCGUGUGUUCGUUCCAAUGAACAUCAAGGAAUCGGCUUUUUAAAUGACCCACGACGAUUAAAUGUCGCUUUGACACGAGCCAAAUAUGGAAUAAUAAUCGUUGGAAAUCCAAAAGUUCUCAGCAAACAACAACUUUGGAAUAAUUUGCUGAACUUUUACAAGGAGAAGAAAGUUCUGGUUGAAGGAAGUUUAAAUAAUUUAAAGGAGUCGAUGAUUCAAUUCGCAAAGCCGAAGAAGAUUGUAAAUACUUUCAAUCCUGGUCAACAUUUCAUGUCAAACACAAUGUACGAUGCAAGAGAAGCAAUGGGCGGACAAAACCAAGCACAAAACUUUUAUGGGGGUGGCGUUGGAAUGCAGCAACAACAUAAUCAAGGAUGGAAUGGCGGUAAUCAAGGCAUGGAUGUGUUUCGAGCUCACGAUCCGAUUUCUUAUAUUUCGCAAGACCAUCGAAGCGGACAAGGAAUGGUUCCAGUUGGAAUGUUCAUGAAUAUGAACAUGAAUAACAUCCCGCCACGCUUCUACCAACAACAGCAGCAAAAUGUCAUUCAGCAAGCUGCGAAACAAUCGCGAACUAACAACAGAAAAAUGCCACAAGCUGGUGGAUCGUCGCAACAAGGAAUGAAUCGAAAUAGUCAACAAUUUCGUGGUCGUAGCAGUCAACCAGGGCCAUUGACGCAAGGCGGAAUGAGUCAAAUGAUGAGCCAACCGGGCUUUUCACUCAGUCAACAACCAGAUUUCUCUCAAGAUUUCGCACCUGGCGAUUACGCUGUCGGUGGACAAUCACAAGGCGACGGUUUACUGUCGCAAGACUUUACAAACAGCCAAGGUCCGGACAAGUUUUAUAGCAACUUUCAUUCCGGAAAUAACUUUUGAUGAACGAUCGUCGGAAUAUAUUUUUGCUAUUUGAAAUGAAUUAAAUGCAACAACUUUCCUAAUUAAUGGAUCAAUUUGAACAGCCAGAGCCAUUGAUGACAUGAAAUAUCCAUGCGAUAUGUAAAACGUGCGAAAACUGUUAAAAGUGUUCUUUCGGGAUUUGGAAAUGAAUGAAAAACAAGCAAAAAUCUUUAAAAAAUCAUUGAAAUCUUUUGUGAUGAAAAAUGUCAUCCCGGAAAUAAAAUCAAAGAAAAAACACGAUGAAAACCAACAAUAAAAAGAAAACAUUUGUAGAUGAGAAGAUUUUUAAAAGAAAAAAUCAUGUCGAUUGCAUAAGAAAAUGAAUAAAUCGGUGAUGAGAGUUUGGAAGGCGACAACUUCAACGAACCAUGAACCAUCCGACGUCAAGCUACUGGAAGAGCUCUGAGACUGUUUGUGAUGAAUAUGAAAAGGUGUAAAAGCAUCUUAUGCGAUCGAUAAAGCAAAGAACGAAGAAAAAUUUUCCAUCCAAAAAACCAAACAAAAUUUAAAUUUGUUAACAAAAAAUUUAAUUUUUCUUCUCGUUCUUCUUCUAGAAAACUUUUUUUUUAUUUCUUUGGCAUUAAAAUUGCUUUCUUUAUUUUUAUUUUUUUUUUCGUUGAGGAUGGUAACAUUAUAAUAGUAAUAAUCAUGACGAUGAUGAUAAUGAAUGAGAAGCAAGAAAUCAAACUGAAUCGAUUGUUAAAUUUUGUUCUUUUCAUUAUAUUUUUUUUGGGGAUUCAAGAAACUAUUAAAAAGAUUUUAAAACAA